AUGUAGAUUGCAUUAUUCGCUUCCACUCCAAAGCCAUCCAUGGAAUUGCUACUCCAAUGGCAAGCUCUAAUCGGGCUUUUCACCUUACUUCUUCUCUACAAACUAUGUUUAUCAAGGGCUAAGUUUAAGAAGAUUAAUCCGAACCAGGCACCUGAGCCAUCCGGCGCAUGGCCCAUCAUCGGUCACCUCCACCAACUAGGCGGGCGUGAGCCAGUUGCUAGAACGCUGGCAGCCAUGGCUGAGAAGAAUGGCCCAACAUUCAUGCUUAGGCUUGGUAUGAAUCGGACCCUUGUUGUGAGUAGUUGGGAAGUGGUGAAGGAGUGCUUCACCACCAACGACAAGGCUCUCGCUACACGUCCAUCUAGCGCUAUCGGUAAGCAUUUUGGCUAUGACUAUGCCAUGGUAGGCUUCUCCCCUUAUGGGCCAUACUGGCGUGAGAUUCGCAAGAUCAUGACACUAGAGAUUCUCUCAAACCGACAUCUUGAAUCGUUCAAGCACAUCCGUGCCACGGAGAUUGAUACAUGUGUUAAAGGGAUCUAUAACCUAUGGGUGAAUAAUCGGAAGGAACCUGUUACGGUUGAGAUGAAGCGAUGGUUCGGGGACCUCACUUUCAAUGCGACCGUCAUGAUGGUUGCUGGGAAACGUUUUUUCGGUACCAAUAUUUCUGAUGAUGAAGAUGAGGCGCAGCGGUUCCGAUGUGGAACAUCCGAAUUGCUUCGUCUGACUGGGGUGUUUGUAGUGUCUGAUGCACUUCCUUUCCUUAAGUGGAUGGAUUUGGGAGGGCACUUACGGGCCAUGAUGAAGACUGCUGAGGAGUUGGACGUUCUCAUUACUGGGUGGUUGGAGGAGCAUCGAAGGAGGAGAUCUGCAGGCGAGGCGGCCAGGAAGGAAGAUUUCAUUGAUGUGUUGCUUUCGAUCAUGGAGGAUGCUCAAAUCUCUAGCUAUGACCCAGACACCAUCAUCAAGGCUACUUCUCUGGCUGUUGUUGGCGGCGGGACAGACACUACUGCAAUCACACUCACCUGGGCCCUCUCUUUACUAAUGAACAACCGCCACGUAUUAAAGAAGGCUCAAGCUGAGCUGGACCUCCACGUCGGUAAGGACAGACAUGUGGAAGAAUCGGAUAUCAAGAACCUGGUGUACCUCCAAGCCAUCGCCAAGGAGACUAUGUGCCUGUACCCAGCAGCCCCACUAUCGGGGCCCCACGAGGCCAUGGAGGACUGCCACAUAGGAGGCUUUUACGUCCCUGUUGGCACACGGCUAUUGACAAAUAUCUGGAAACUCCAUCGGGAUCCGAAUGUGUGGCAAGACCCGUCGGAGUUCCAGCCAGAGCGGUUCCUCACUGACCAUGUGGACGUGGAUGUUAGAGGUCAGCAUUUCGAGUAUGUCCCAUUCGGAUCGGGCCGGCGAAUAUGCCCAGGGAUCUCGUUCGCUCUCCAAGUCCUACACUUGACACUGGCCCGUCUGAUACACGGCUUCGAUCUGGCAACUCCCAUGGAUGAGCCUGUGGACAUGACCGAGGGCAUUGGUACAAACAUAAUAAAAGAGAGCCGAUUGGAAGUUCUCUUCAGCCCACGUCUUCCCUUUAAGCUUUAUGAAUAGAAGAGUGGGUAAAUGUAGAGAGCCCAAGUCAUGUAGUUGCGUGCAUGAUCAAAGCCAUUCAACACAUGGACCCGUCUUAAACAUUUCCUGAUAAAUUGGUGAGUGGCUGGUUAGGAGAUAAAAAUAAAAAAUGAUGAGUUGUCUAUGCUCAGUGAAAUUGUUUUGCCUGCCUGAUAAAUGGGCCAGCCGGAUUUCUGAAGAAGGGAAUGUUCAAUAUGGGUACCAUCAAAUGAAUGGUCCAGAUCUCACGUACAUGUGCGAUGAUGGCAUCAUCAAUGCUAGAUCUGACAUUAUAUACGAAGGUUGUGAAGCGGGUUAUAAACCUUUCCUUAUAAUAAAUUCUUAUGAA